AUGGCCUCCGGCCGCGCUCGGCGGGCGGCGGCGCCCCCCGCACCGCCCCUCUGCAGACCUGGCCCGAGCCCACCCAGCGCCACCUCCGCGCGGGUUGGGGCGGCCGCUCGGGCUCGCGGCCUUGGGAAGAGCCGGGGACGAGCGCCCUGAACUUGGGGAGGAAGGACGAGACGGUCCGCGCGGCCGGCUGCCUCCCAAUUUCCCCGCAGGCCAGCUCUCCGCAAUUAUGCGCCUGCCCGGGGACCUCCCGGGCCGAUGCGACAGCCGGGAGGAGACCGCUCGGCAACCCGCCGGAGGGCAGGCCCGUUGGGAGCCGCGGGGCCAACUUCACGGGCUGGAAGACCACGGAAGCUGAGCGCAAGUUCAGCCGGGAGCCCCAGCGGCAGGGCAGGCGCGGGCCCGCCGGGCGGGAGGGGCUGAGAGAGCCCCACUUCCGAUGCGGUCCCCACUCUCUGCGGAUCCCUCGGACCCGGCCCGCUCGGGCCCCGCGCCGCUGGAUCCGCCUGGCGCUCCCGCGGCCGCGCCUCCCGGGGCCGGGCCCUCCCCCGCUGCUGGCAGGCUCAACCCCGAGGGCCGCGCCCGGCCCGGCCCGGGCCGCAUCCUCCUCCCACUCCUCCCUGGGCAGUCCGGCUAAAACCCGGAGGUCCGGAGUGGAACUGCCUGUCCUCCCAGGCCCGGGGCGGGCGUUGCGCGCUCUUUCAACCACCCCAGGCGUUAGGUCUCCGGAGGACAAGUCCCAGGGCCAUUCGGCGUCAUGGAGCCCCGCGGGGUGGAGCUGCUAAGUUUGGAGGCUCUGGGACCUGUGCCCUUUGAAGACACCCCGCCAGCCGAGGAGCCGCCUGCCCCGGGGGUCCUCAGCACGGACGGUGGCGGGGACGGCGGCGGCACGUCGAAGGUCCCGAACCCCGACGCCGAGCCCCUGCUCCCUCAGGAAGAGGCUGCCCUCCGGGAACAGGAGGAGCUGCUGGAGAGCCGUCGCCGCCGCCGCGCGCGCUCCUUCUCUCUGCCCGCCGACCCGAUCCUGCAGGCGGCCAAGUUCCUGCAGCAGCAGCCGCCGCCGGCCCUGGGGACGGGCGCAGAGGGCAGCGAGAGGGCCGAAGGUGCGCUGCGCAGCCCGGGCAGCUGCUGCGCCAAGUGCAAGAAACGGGUGCAGUUCGCGGACGCGCUGGGGCUGAGCCUGGCCAGCGUGAAGCACUUCAGCGAGACCGAGGAGCCGCAGGUGCCACCUGCCGUGCUCUCCCGCUUCCGCAGUUUCCCAGCGCGCGCAGAGGACCUGGAGCAACUUCCGAGCCUCCUGGCCGCGGCGGCGGCGGCGGCCGCGCCCCUGCCAGCGCCGUCUCCCCGGCUACAGCCUCUCUUCGAGCUUCCCGAACCGAGCGCCGUGGCCGAGCGCCUGCGGCGGCAGCGCGUGUGCCUAGAGCGCGUGCACUGCUCGGAGCCCGGGGGCGUCGAGGUGACCGGCUCCGGCCGGGUGCUGGGCUGCCCUGGGCCGCGCGCCGUGGCUGUGCGCUACACCUUCACCGAGUGGCGCUCCUUCCUGGACGUGCCGGCCGAGCUGAGGCCGGAGCCGGGGGAGCCUCCGCCGGUGGCGCCGUCGGGGGGCCCCGGGGACGCCGAGGACGAGCCCGGCGCCGAACGCUUCCACUUCGCGCUGUGCCUGCCCCCGGGCCUGCUGCCCAAGGAGGGGGAGGACGCGGACGCGCCGGGCGUCGCCGUCCACUUCGCCGUGUGCUACCGCUGCGCCCAGGGCGAGUACUGGGACAACAAUGCGGGGGCCAACUACACGCUGCGCUACGUGCGCCCCGCUGAUGCGCUCUGAGCCCGCGGCGCUCGGCCCCGCGGCGCUUGCAGGGACAGCACCAGGAGGCUGCGGCUGCGACGCUCUGAGCCCCGGGAUAGAGGGAGCCGCUCACCGCAAGCUCGCACCCAGACAGAUCCCGGCAGCAGGCACGGAGCCUCGGCCACUUUCCCGUCGCUCAGGCCCCUGGAGUUCCCGCCCACGUCAGAAAAGGAAGACAACCGUCGGGUGUCCAGUGGCUGCCUCCGCGAAGGCUCCGGAUUUCUGCGCGAGGCUGCAAACCCUUGGGAUUUGUUUUCAACCGUGGACUGCGUGUUUCAGCCCCUGUAGCUUGCGGGAGACCCCUGGGGUCUCAGGAAGAGGUCAGACCCUGCCGCUGCAUCGCGCCCCGGGAAGGCGUGGACUGCGGGCCCGCGUCCUGUUUCUCGAGAAAUCCAGGUUCCAGCACGCGGCUAGUACAGUCAGUCUGUUGCGUGAUGCUCAGCUUUAAGGAGGAGCUGUUUCACUGCUGCUCUAUAGGUAUCUCAGGGAGGCUUCUACAUACAGCCUACGGGCCAGAGCCUAUUAUCGUAGGGCCUGGGAGCUAAGCUUGUUUUUUACAUUGUUAAACAGUUGAUAAAAUUCAAAGGAAGACUCCUGUUAAUGAGAAUAGUAUGAAAUUCAAGUUUCAGUGUCUAUAGAUCAAGUAUUUUAGGAACCCAGCUAGGCACAUUCAUUUACACUUUUUUUUUUGUCUUUUUGCCUUUUCUAGGGCCGCUCC